AUGAGCUUGGCGAUAUUUCCUCCCGAGCUCGACGACCUCUUCAUCCAACACCUGCACGACAACGUACCCUCUCUCGCAGCCUGUGGGCUCGUGAAUAGAGGCUGGCUUGCGCUGAGCCGCCCACUCCUGUUCGGCGAAGUGGUGCUGCGGGACAAGAACUACGACGCAUUUCUCGAGCUGUUGACGACCCCGGAGGCGCUCACGUUCCUCGCGCACGUCCACACAUUGUCGAUCAACCGACCUGACACGGACCUUGACUCCGCGGACGCCUUCCGUGACCUGGUCCCGCGACUGGCGGCGCUCUCGCACGUGCGCCGCCUACAUCUGUGCUUUGUGUCUUGGGUCGGGGUUCCGACUGAAGCGCUUGACAUGCUCCCUAACGUCUUUCCAAAUCUCGUCAAGAUUGUCUCGAUAUUCACCACCUUCGGCUCACCGGCCGACUUUACGGCGCUUGUCGGCCGACUCGUGCAUUUGGAAGAAGUCGCGGUGCAAGGGGCGUUCUUGACUGACGGAGACGAGACAUCUGCGGCUCACGACGGUGCAUUGCCACCACCAACCACCCUUGCCGUAGUUCGGACGAAGAUUCGUUCCGACGACGGAAAUCCAUUCGGUUAUAUUGCGCGCUGGCUUGCCAAAUCCCCUCCAGCAGCCUUUCGCACCCUGGAAGCAGGCACACUCUGGCCCUCCGCUCUCCCUGCCGUAGGGGCACUGCUUGCCGCCGUCGGGCCCAAUCUCCGACAACUCGAUUUCGCGCUGCUGAAUCACGUCACUGAGCAAGAGGCGCGCACACAUCUCCCACUGUCUGUGCAUGCCCCGAAUCUGGCCGACCUGACGCUGCACAUCGGCUUACGUCGCUUCCACGCGCCAAACCGUACCCGCCUGCACGCGCCGUGGGCCCUGCUCGCAACCGCAACAAAGGCGCUACAAACGCUGACGCUCGUGUUGACGAUUGAUUACAUCUACAUGCUCGACGCGCUCGACUGGGCGCACCUCAACAGCGAGCUGCGGCGGCUUGAGAAUCUGCAAACAAUCAGCCUUUUGGUCCACUGCCACAACACGAUCACCGAUCCGGAGAAGCUGGUUGGGCCGAAUAUUAGAGGACGCAUAGAAGCGGACGUUGCGCCUAGGGUAAAGGUGGAGGUGGAGGUGCUGCGGUCGGCGCGGAUGUUUACACGGCUGAAUAAUUGA